AUGAUUCCAGCAAGGGAACGAAAUAUCGGUAAAGCCGAGCGUUGUGCGAACCCGAACGGUUGCAUAUCGAACGAAAAUCGUUGCGAUCUAUUCCGAUAUAUGCGUUGGCUUUUGUAUAUAACUGCGAUACGUCCAAUACCGUUUGAAGAAUUUCUGCCGACCCGCUUUCAUCGUUACAGUGUACUACUUAAUUUAAUUCUGGACAUAUUUCUCGAUUUAAUGGUGUUUCAUAUGUUAGUGCUCUACCUCUGUACUAUUUACAUCAAUUAUAAAAAUGGCGAUUUAGACUUUCUAAUAAGUGUGGGCAUACAGGCGUUGUUGUACUUUUAUGCUACUCUCGUAAAGUUUAUUUUUCGACGUGUGUACCCCGAUCUUACCAAUGGAAUUUUGGAUUACUUCAAUGAAGAAUAUAUAGUUCAUUCGGCUGUCGAAUUACGAGAUAAAGAACAGAUGCCAAAGAAGGAGAUCAAUGAGUAUUAUGUUACGGACGAAUUACCUUUCGAUUUGGAUUGCUUAUCUCACGUACUAAAUUCAACUGAUACAGCGAGACCUCGUAGCUUUCGAGAAGCCUUUAAGUACGUUUUAAGGCCUUGUGUCGAACAUCAUAUUUUCAUUAUGGAUGUUUUGCGUAAAGUGGAGAGAUUAUUUAGUUUUACGUGGUUGGUGAAAACGUUUGAGGUCACACUCUUCAUUUGCAUGGCCGCCUUUAAUAUAGUCAAGUUAUCGGAGGGCAAAACUUUUCUGAAGUUAUUUUCUAUAAGUCAUUACUUGUUUUUGGGGCUGAGUGAAUUAUUUAUGAUUUGCUAUGCCAGCGAGAUAAUCUAUAUAGGAAGUCAACGCUGCGGUGAGGCUCUAUUACGUAGUCCUUGGUACUUGCAUCUCCGUGAGGUACGCGCCGAUUAUCUGUUAUUUUUGACGAGUGCUCAAAAACUUUCAACUGGCAAAAUUUAUCCCUUACGAUUGGAAAAGUUUCGUGGGGUAAGCAGUUUAUUCUGA